AUGCAAGUGCCGGUUCUCGGCUGCACUUUCCUCACGCUGUCAGAUCGUGAGGAAAGUACUGCCGAGAACCGGCAGUUUGUCAGAGCGGGGAUCGGCACCGAUCAUCAGGGCACUGAUGAUCAGUGCCCUGAUGAUCGGAUGCCCAGCAUUGCCACCCACCAGUGCUGCCAGUCAGUGCCACCAGUCAGUGCCCAGGGGUUGUGCCAGUCAGUGCCGCCAGUCAGUGCCCAGAAGUGAUGCCAGUCAGUGCCGUCUAUCAGUACCCAUCAUCAGUGUCACCUAUCAGUGCCGCCUAUCAGUGCUGCAUUAUCAGUGCUGCACAAUCAGUGCCGCCUAUCCGUGACCCCUAAUUAGUGCUGUCUAUCAGUGCCCGCCUAUCCGUGCCACCUCAUUAGUACUGCCUAUCAGUGCCCUUUAGUGCUGCCUAUCAGUGCCCAUCAGUGCCGCCUAUCAGUG